AGCCCUUGUUGUCUAUUUAAGCAGGUCCAGUUUCUCAUGGAGCUGCAGAACCCGGAGUUCUGCUCUCCUAAUGUGGCUGCUUGAGUUUAUCCAAAUCAACCUUAACAAACGCUAACACAGCCAUUUCAAAACACUCUCUGUCUCUCUUUCUUGCUAUCAGUUAAGCUAAAGAGAGAUGACUGCUUUAAACACAGCAGAGAAGGAUGUUGCAAAUCCCAGCAACUACCAAAACCAAACAGAGAAAAGACUUGCAGACUUCGAUCCUCCAAAGAAACACAAAAGUAAUAAAUUUGCUCUUGCUUGUGCUGUUUUGGCUUCCAUGACUUCUAUCUUACUUGGUUAUGAUAUUGGAGUGAUGAGUGGAGCGGCUAUCUACAUCAAAGAUGAUCUGCAAAUCUCAGAUUUUCAAGUAGAAGUUCUGGUGGGAACACUUAACAUAUACUCAUUAGUUGGUUCAGCCGCAGCUGGCCGGACCUCCGACUGGAUAGGGCGGCGGUAUACUAUAGUGGUGGCUGGAGCUAUUUUCUUUGUGGGAGCUCUUCUAAUGGGAUUUGCCACAACUUAUGCGUUUCUGAUGGUAGGGCGGCUUGUUGCCGGGAUUGGUGUCGGCUAUGCUCUUAUGAUUGCACCGGUUUAUACUGCUGAAGUGUCUCCGGCUUCCUCUCGUGGAUUUCUCACUUCAUUUCCUGAAGUAUUCAUUAACGGCGGGAUCUUGCUCGGCUACGUAUCAAACUUUGCAUUCUCAAAGCUUCCAACUCAUUUGAGUUGGCGGUUCAUGCUUGGAAUCGGUGCAGUUCCUUCAGUUUUCCUUGCUCUAAUUGUCCUUGUCAUGCCCGAGUCACCUCGUUGGCUCAUUCUGCAAGGCCGACUCGGUGAAGCCAAGCGAGUCCUGGACAGGACCUCCGAUUCCAAAGAAGAAUCUGAAGCAAGACUCGCCGAUAUAAAAGACGCCGAUAUAAAAGAAGCCGCAGGUAUUCCUCAAGAUUGCAACGACGACAUCGUUCAAGUGCAAAAACAAUCCCAUGGUGAAGGUGUAUGGCGGGAAUUACUCCUCCAUCCUACACCGUCCGUUCGCCAUAUCUUAGUUUGUGCGAUCGGGAUUCACUUCUUCCAACAAGCUUCGGGUAUAGACGCUGUCGUAUUAUACAGCCCCAGAAUAUUUGAAAAGGCCGGGAUCCAAUCAGAUAAUAAGAAGUUACUUGCAACUGUAGCCGUUGGAUUUGUUAAGACAAUGUUCAUUUUAGUGGCUACGUUUUUGCUAGACAGGAUCGGACGGCGACCGUUGCUCCUAACAAGUGUUGCUGGAAUGAUAUUUUCGUUAGCGACCCUUGGAUUUUCGUUGACCAUUAUAGAUCAUUCGCACGAUAAGCUAACAUGGGCUAUAGUAUUGUGUUUAACAAUGGUAUUAGCCUACGUGGCAUUUUUGGUAUUAGCCUACGUGGCAUUUUUCUCAAUAGGGAUGGGCCCCAUCACAUGGGUGUAUAGUUCUGAGAUCUUUCCGUUGAGGCUACGCGCUCAAGGCACGAGUAUGGGAGUGGCUGUGAACAGAUUAACAAGUGGGGUCAUAUCGACGACUUUUAUUUCACUGUACAAAGGAAUAACAAUAGGAGGGGCGUUUUUUCUGUUCGCGGCUAUAGCUGCGGUAGCGUGGACCUUCUUUUUUACAUGUUUGCCCGAGACACGAGGAAGGACAUUGGAGGAUAUGGAGGUCCUUUUUGGUAGUUUCAUUAAUUGGAGGUCUGCUUUGAAGGAGGAUAGCUUGAAGAAGAAAGCAGCUAGUAGUGAAAAUAAUGGUCAGAUUCAGUUGGGUACUGCUACUAACACUACUGUUACUAAAGCUUAGUUGAAGGAUAUUUUGGUAAAUCUACCUACUUGAUGAAAUGUUAGAUUAGUUUUUUUUUUUUU